AUGGUGGAGACAGGGACUACGGGUGAGCUAGAGCCCGUGACAUCCGUUGCCCACUUCGCGCCCAGAGAUCGCUCAGCUCAGGCCGCACACCUUGUGGGACAAUUAAAGAGGAGUGCAGUAGACCCAGGCAACACUCUUACGGCAGGGGAGGUAGACACAACGAGGGGUACAGACAUGUGUGUGACAACUACCACGAACACGAACAACGAGGCAUCAGAGAACCACACCAAGCACACAACCACCCCCGAGGCAAAGUCAAGCAGGAAUCGAUCGCGCAAGCACCCGCAUGUGUCUGACGAGCAUGUGCACACUACGAAUACACAAGCCAGCAAGACACACACCCCACCCGGCACAGGGCAAGGGACGGGGGAGCAUGCACACGCACACGCGCCUGUGUGCACACCAACGGUAUUGCGUGUGUGCCAGGACUACGCCAACCACGGGCAUUGCCGUGCAGGUCACACGGCGUGUCUGGAUUCACAUGAUCUCGAUCUGAUACUUCACCUGCAGGAUAUGGGUGCCGUGGGUCUGCGGGUGAUUGCGGGUUCGAGUGGUGGCUUGUCUGUGGCAUCGAGUGACGGAGUGGGACGUACCGAACAGUUGUCCAAACGACAGCUGAAGCGAAUUAAAUUGAAGCACAAGCGCGCUAGCUUACAACUCGUAGCAAAGCAACCAUCCGUAACAGCUGAAGCCAACAACACUGUAGUAGCAACAACGGGAAAUGCACAUCCCCAUUCAGCCCCAUUUGAGGAUUCAUCGUCAAUUCAAGCAAGAUAUAGUCAUCGCGCGGGCUUCGAUGCCUUCAUGACGGGCUACGUGUAUGCAACAGACACCCUGACGUAUGAUACUGCAACGCUUGCCACGAUGAAAAAUAACAUUCACCUCAGUUACAAGCAGAUUCCGCUUCACCUCACCAAAAGCGCUUAUGUCAACUAUUCGGCGGGGUUUCUAGAGAAAGAGAAGGCGGCCGCAAUUCAAACUCGGGCAGAGAGUUAUGCUGCCGAUCCCAAAUGAAGUUCAAUAACUCCAAUGUGUAUGCUGAGUCUACGUCGCAAGGUGUUAGAGCUUUCAGGUGAAUGGCUUUCCGUCUACUCCUAGGCACAUUCUGCCUUCGACGGGGCAAGCAUAAACAAAUUAGUCUUACACUGUUUAAUCGUAAGAAGGAUUAGUCGGUGGGAAAAGUCACCAUCAAAAGCGCCUCCUAGGUGUGCUGGGAUGAGUUGCCACUCAACUCUAUGAGAUAGCGCCACUGUAAAACCACUCUAUGCCGAUAAUUAAUUGCAAUUUGCCGGUAGUAUAUAUAUAUAUUGUACUGUUCGUGCUUAUGGCCCAACUACUAUUGCUCGUGAGCAAGAAGCACCCAAGAGUGUGCUCUGAUGUUAAUCCACAAAACUUAGGCAGAGAGGCAAGAUUUUACCCUGUUGCACGAUAUGUGAACAGAGGAUCCGACCCAGUCCUUCAUUCAUCUGUAAGUGGCAAGGUCUCGUAAAAGUACUACGACAACGUCUUAUGGACCGAUGACCCAAGUCAACAUUGCGGUGUGCCGUCAACGAAUGAAGCAAGUGAUUGGUUGGUUGGUAGUGCUAUUUUCUGGCCUACGUCUCACCAACAGUAGCUCGACUUCGCAGCAAAGAGUUAUAGCCACCUACAUAAAAUAGUAAAAUAUACAGUAUUCAGAUUGUGAUCCAUGAAUGCCCUGAGUUUUGAAAUACCACGAGUUUUAGCACCGAGGCGCAGCACUCCGUACUAAACCCGAGUGGUACUUCAAGUAACAGACUGUCGUCUAAUGGACACCACAAUUUGAAAUCUGUGUUUUUGUAUACAGGAG